GCAGCGAGGAGGGUGGAGAGGAGAAAGAAGGGAGGAGGGUACCGGAGAAGGGACCGGGGCGCGGGGAGGUGGCAGGCCCGGCCCGGUCGCUGCGCCCUCCCGGGGCGGCUCCUCGGCCAGCCGGUCCCCGCCGCGCCUGCAGCGGGAGCCCGCCCGCGUCCUGCCCGCCCGGCGCCUCCGCUCCCGGGCUCCGGGUCCCCGCUCCGCGCCGGGAGAGAUGAGUGCGGCCGCGGCGCCCGAGCGCGGCUGGAAGAGCGAGAAAGUGGACGAGGCACAGGCCCUGGCGCGGAGCUGCGCCGCCCGCAGACCCGACUUCCAGCCGUGCGACGGGCUGUCCAUCUGUGCCACGCACAGCCACGGCAAGUGCUUCAAGCUGCACUGGUGCUGUCACCUGGGAUGGUGUCACUGCAAAUAUGUAUAUCAGCCUAUGACCCCCGUGGAGCAGCUCCCAAGCACGGAGAUCCCCACAAGGCCGAGAGAGCCCACCAACACCAUUCAGAUCUCAGUCUCUCUCACUGAACACUUUUUGAAAUUUGCAUCUGUCUUCCAGCCGCCGCUUCCCCCUGACUCACCAAGGUACUGUAUGAUUUCCGAUCUCUUCAUUGACAACUAUCAGGUCAAAUGCAUCAAUGGGAAGAUGUGCUAUGUGCAGAAGCAGCCGGUGCCCCAUUCCCAGAAGAUGAGCCCUGAGGAGGUCUCUGCACAUGAUGCCUUAAUUUCUAAAGAGAGUGAGACUCCGAAACUGGGUCACUGCUCCUCCCCUUCCAGUUCCGAGGACUCGGGGAUCAAUGCAAUUGGGGCUCACUAUGUGGAAUCCUGUGACGAGGACACAGAAGAAGGGGCAGAACUGAGUUCCGAGGAAGAUUACAGCCCUGAGAGCAGCUGGGAACCCGACGAGUGCACCCUUCUCUCCCCGUCACAGUCUGACCUGGAAGUGAUCGAAACCAUGGAAACCACUGUGUAGUCAGCUGGGAACCACGGCCAGGAUCCACCCUGAGCUUCUGGACUUUGAUUUGAUUCUUUUCCAAUACUCUUGGCAUUUUCCAAGCCCUAUUACCAACAAUAGCAGUCCAGGGGGGCUGCUAAUUAGUGUUAAAAUUACCUUGUAACCAGGACAUUGUUUUUUUUUCUUUUAAAUGUAUCUUGCUUUCUUUGUAGCAUCUGGUGUCGUAGCUGUGACCCAGCCUUAAUUUCACUGAGAACUUUGAGCGUGCUGGUGACCACAGAAUAUCAUAGGUCGCAUGGAGGAGCUCCCCAGAGUGGAGGUGCCCAUACUUUACCCAUAGCCCAUCAUUUGUGGCAAAGGCUCUGCUCUUGGGUAUGUCAUGUGACACCUCUGUUCUGUUGGUCUCCGGUGGGGGAGCAGCUCACUUCAGCCAACAUGUUCCUUCCCUUCCUCCUCCUGCCUGCCACCCAUACUGGCUCAGGUCAAGAGUAGCCUUGGAGCUACUUCUAGGAGGCCCUUGGAGGUCCCCUGGGCCCCUGGUGAUGGCCAUGUCACAGCUUCUGUGACUGUGAGGAGAGAUGGGCCUCUCCGAUCUGUGUCUAGUCCAGCUUUUGUGCAGCAGGGUGGUGGGAUUCGGGAUGGCUCAGACCAGGUUCUCACCACAAAGGGGACACAUUGAAUUACAGGACACAAGCCAUGGCUCAUGGCACCCACGAGGCUCUUGGAAGCAGGGGAGGAAAGGUGGACUUGGCCUGGGCUAGCUGAGAAAGUUGCUACAAUGUCUGAGCCGGCCCGGGUGGGUUCACAGCAUCCACUGCCCUUCCUGAUUAGUUUUCCAGGUCAGGGAGAAGCAUUUAUGUUUUGUAGGUAUUAUAUUUAGGAGGCAGCACAUCUGACAUCUUAAGAAAAAAACCACAAUAGUUUUAGUUAGCAUGGAAAUGCUAAAAGACAAGUCCUUUAGGGAUUAGGAAUGAAUCUAAUAGGUUUGGUUAAUUCUGCUUCGUUUGGUUGUAUGAAGCAUUAGAAUGGCUUAGAUGAGAAAUGGACUAGAAUUUUGUACGAUGCAUGGAUUUUAUGCAAAUGCAAAAACAGUUGAAGUAGCUCACUGCUGAGUCAGGAAGAUGUUUUAUGUAACACUUCUUCACUUUACUGAGCUGGAGUCCACACACAUUGUGUGUGUUCUUUCACACAGCUCACUGCUGAGUCAGGAAGAUGUUUUAUGUAACACUUCUUCAUUUUACUAAGCUGGAGUCCACACCAUUGUGUGUGUUCUUCCACACACACAAAAUAGUGAGUAAUUCUUUCUUACGUAGAUUUCUUCAAAACUCUGUUCCUAAUUUGGUAUAUACCGGGUGUUCUCACGUGAUCUUAUUACCUGCUGUUUUCUUAACUCUGUGAAGCACAGUACAAAUCUGGGAGCUUUAACAUAUGCGAGCAGAGUCACACUCCUGCAGGGAGGUGGCGGCUCAGACCCUGGCUGUCUAGGCAGGUGCCGUGGCCUCAUGGCCUGAUGCUGCCAGCAUCUCGCAAUCCCUCCUCCCUCUGAUUAGUGUGAACCCAAAGGAAGGAGAGGCUCGCCAUGCUCCUGAAUUUGGGGUUCUUCACUACGUUCUGGAGGAAGAAUCUGCUUUCCCAACUGGUUAUGGAGUCCCAGUGAUUAGCCACUAGAACCUUCUUCAGGCUGACAAGCCCAAAACGCCCACAGUGUUCAGAAGGCAGGAUAUGUGGCUUCCUUUGAAAAGCAUUAGUUAAAACUUCCUGUGCUAGAGAAGGUAGCAGAAAGUCCCCACAAACCGGGAAGGAGCAGCAGGCACAGGGGAGGGCAGGAGGGAGCAACCAUGACUUGGUGAGGGUCAUGCUCCCGACCUGGGAUGGCCUGGGACCAUCUGGCAAGCCCAGCCUGAGGUUUGUGAUGCCUCACUGGCAUGGAAACCAAAUACCAUGAGCCACAUCUCCCUCAUCCUGCACUCGGAGCUGUGGAGGCAGCACCGGGGCCAUCUUCAAACGUGUGGUGGACGAUCUCCUCAGAGCCCCGGGAGAGGCAGGCACACGGCAGCCAGUGCUCCAUCCCCACACCCUUCUGAUACUUUCCGGUGGGCUCACUGCCAUGAGAACUAAACUAACUGGAGUUGUAGCCUGGGCUCCAAGGCCAUGAAAACACGUGGUCUGCGCCCCAGCUCUGGAGCUGGGCCGGGAGCUUGGCUUGGGCCCUUGAUCAGUAACAUCUGUGACUUUUGCCCAGGGUUCUUUUUCUUCCUCCUCCUCCUUUUUGUAUUUUUUUUUUCGAGACAGGGUUUCCCUGUGUAACUUUGGAGCCUGUCCUGGAACUAGCUCUUGUAGACCACGCUGGUCUUGAACUCACAGAGAUCCACCUGUCUCUGCCUCCCGAGUGCUGGGAUUAAAGGCGUGCGACACCACCGCCAGGCUCAGGGUCCUUUUUUCUAAAACCCCAAACUGCCACUCAGAUCUGCCACAAUUGUGACAGAACUUUUGAUUUUAAUAACAAUUGAUGAUCACAUUAAAUAUUUGCAUACUCUUUAUAAUUAAACUCUCUAAGCUGCACUUGCUGUUUUAUAAAAUUGGACACAUUCCCCUGCAUUCUUGGAUCUCAAAACAGCCUUUUCUAAAUGAGCACAAACAAGAGAGGUUUUUGGUUUUGUUCUCCUGAUACUGUUCAUACCAGUAACUGUCUAAAAUCCAACUAAGUCAGAAUUACUUCCCUAUGCUUGCACUCUGAAAUCAGCGAAAAGAGUAUUAAAGAUGUAUAGCUCAACUUCAGUUGUAGGCCUAUUCUGUUCUAUAGUCUAUGAAAGGAUUCCUCUAUAAUCCUGGUAUUAGAGUGCUGAUUUGUAUACUUGUAUUCAUAGGCACUUUAGAAAUACUUAGAUGUAAUAUGCCCUGUCGACAGUAAGCACUGUCGUGUCAAAUAGGCUUUUGACUAACACUGUACAGAGAGAGACGGAAGCUUGCAGGCUGGACCUUUAGGGGGCGAGGCUUGGGCCAUGUGGAUGGGCUUCUGCGGGAAACUGGCACUGUUGCUACUUUUUUGAAAGGUCGUUAGGUAUACUAACAUACUCCCACUAAAUGUGGAAUAUAGUUUUCUUACCUAACCAAGAUUUUAAGUUUCAGGUGUGUCCGUAACAAAGCAACUAAAGUUCUUUUAGGGAUAACUAUUUGAUAUCUUUAAAAAAAAUAAGGCUUUACUUUAAAAUCUGCGUAUUUUUUACCUUGUAACAUUUAAGGUAUAAACUGAGAAUCUGAGGGCAACCCUGAAGAGAAGCAGUUGCUUUCCUGGGAGACACACCUCAAGGCGACACAGUACUGAACAGAGUAAAGCCAAGUCUGUGUCCCAGCCCAACACAAUGAAAUACAAUACAGAACAGACUGAAACUGGAGUCACCGUUCCCAACACCACACCACACCACACAACAUAGCAUAACACUACACGGAAUAGAAUAAAACUAGAGUCACCGUUCACAACACACAGCACAACACAGCAUAAUACUACAUGGAAUAGACUAAAACUGGAGCCACAGUGUCCCAACACAGCACAACACAAUGUAAUACAGUACAGAGCCAGUGUCCCAACAGGCCACAAUACAAUAUAAUACAAGACAACAUACAAUGCAGUGCAACACAAUGUAAAACCUGAGCCAUGGUGGUUUUCUGACAACUCCUUGGGAUCUGAUGUCUCUUGGGAAUACUUUCACUUCUUAACUCCCGGCUUGUCUAUUUGAAUUAUGUUCUUCUGGGGUGGAUCAGAAUAAAUGCUUCUUAUGCAAAUUUGGUUGCAACCAGAGACUUUAGGAAGUCAGAAUAACCAUAUGAGCCUGCAGUGUAGAUACUGCCACAUAAGAAAAAGCACACGUUUAAUACUGCUCAUGUCAUCUGCUCCUGAUUGUCCCCGAGCCCUAUUUGCACAAUUCUAUUGUCAUGUUUUAGCUUUUUACUUGAGGAAAACUUUUCUCUUUCCUUCCCCUUUGUCGAGCGGUGCUGAGAGUCUGAACAGUGGACUGUGGGGCUUCGUGGGGAGUAUGUCACUGCGCUCCCCAUGGAGGGGCAGGUGGGAGAUGAGGGGGGCGCUACUCACCUUUUCUGUACCACACAGCCCUGAACGACAUCGUAAACCUCAGUAUAAACACAAGGACAUUUCCAAAAUGAAAUUGUUUCCAAAUCUGACCUUGUCGGGACUAUGGCGGCUGAGCAUGGGUGUGCGCGGGUGUGUGCACGGGUGCGGUCCGUGGAGGAGCUGCGUGCUGCCCAGGGUGAAGUGGCUGGAGGCCUGUCUGGGGUUUGAAUGGCGCUCCAGGCCACUGUAUUUGCACAUGUGUUGAGGCUGUCCAUACCUUGCAGUAGUCAUGUGCUGUGCUGGGCUCUUUUGAACCUGUUUUAAAGUUUAAGCACAAUGUUGACCCUUCUGUAAUUUCCUAAAAUUAUAUUCUGUUUUCCUAAGACUGCUCAACUUUAGGAAAAUACUGCUGUACAAUAAAUGUGGUUUUCUUUUGUACUAGAA